UCCUGGCCACGGGCUGGUGAGCCCCAGUGGCUUAGUCGGCGUCUAGACGGUAGGCAGCUCGCUCCGGCGCGGGCUCGCUCGCUCUGAUCUUCAGCUUUGAUCUGCGCGGCGGCGGAGAACGGCAGCGAGAAUCGGCGCUUUCCCCGAUGCGCUUUGGGUUUGCUUAAAGCAUUAUUCCCCCGACAAGCUUCAUGUGCAAAAGUGGAAGGGACCGCGGCUAGAUUCUUUCAGCUCCGUUGGGGCUAUCCAAAGGCAAAGCAGUGCUUGGUCACUGGUCGCAAAGCCUUCCAUCCUGCUGAUUGCAGUGAGGAUCCAGCUAGCCUUCAGUCUUACUACCUUGAGUGCCUUUGUUUUUGUCUCAGCCUUUGAAGUGAUUACAGGAGCCAUUUGUGCGCUAAAACAACAAGGAUCCCAAAGGGGCGGCUCGCAGGGUAAAGAGAGAUGCCCUGUAUCCAAACGCAAUAUGGGACCUCGCUUCAGAACGGAGGGUCCUGCGAGCGCUACCCAGCAGACCUCUUGACCCCUGAGUUUGGCAAACCCACCAUGGACCUGGUCAAUACCGAGAUCUCUGCUGCCACUACUACUCUGCCCAGCUUCAGCACCUUCAUGGACAAUUAUACAGGCGAAUUUGACGCUUUCCUUUAUCAGAUUCCAGCUGCGAACCCCAAUACCACAUCCUUCAAGCUGGAAGAUUUCCAAGUGUAUGGUUGUUAUCCUGGUCCUUUCAGCAGCCAGUUGGAUGAGACCAUGUCCUCGAGCGGCUCAGACUAUUACGGCAGUCCAUGCUCAGUCCCUUCUCCUUCCACGCCAAGUUUCCAGACUUCCCAAGGUCCAACUUGGGAGAACUCCUUUGGAAGCUAUUCCCCCACUCAUACCUAUGAGGGCAUGAGGCCUUGGGUGGCAGCAGCAGAGCCUCCAAAAAGUAGUUCUACUCAACCAUCUUAUUUUUCCUUUGGCCUUUCGGCUCACAGCCCUGGAAUCCCACCCCAGAGUCCCCUGAAGAUGCACCCGACGGCCCACCAGCACUUGGUGGAUGGAGAAGUCUUUUCACUCCCGCAAACCUCCUCUUCGGUCCAUUUUUCUCCUUUGCCACUCAGCCAGGCCUCCCCAGGCGUAGAUAGUUCUGGCCUGAUGGACAAUUCCCUCUCUCCAACAAAGACACGCAGCCCUGGAUCCAAUGAAGGGCGCUGUGCUGUGUGUGGGGACAACGCUUCAUGCCAACAUUAUGGCGUCCGGACCUGUGAGGGCUGCAAGGGCUUUUUCAAGCGCACAGUACAGAAGAAUGCCAAAUAUAUCUGCUUAGCCAACAAAGAUUGCCCUGUGGACAAGCGGCGGAGAAACCGGUGCCAGUUUUGUCGGUUCCAGAAGUGCCUUGCUGUGGGAAUGGUCAAAGAAGUGGUGCGGACAGACAGCUUGAAAGGCCGACGUGGUCGGCUGCCCUCCAAGCCCAAACAAGCUCAAGAUAUUUCACCGGUCAGCCUCAUCUCCUCUCUUGUGAGAGCACACAUAGAUUCUGUACCCAGCGCUACCAAACUUGACUAUUCCAAGUUCCAGGAAUCUGUCUCUUAUCAGUUUGAGAAGGAGGACUGCAUGGAUGUGCAGCUGUUCUAUGACCUAUUAACAGGCUCAAUGGACGUGAUCCGGAAAUGGGCAGAGAAGAUUCAGGGCUUCUUAGAGCUUCCAAAAGAAGACCAGGACCUGCUUUUGGAAUCUGCUUUUUUGGAGCUCUUCAUUCUACGGCUAGCAUACAGAUCCAAGCCAGAAGAAGGCAAACUUAUCUUCUGUAACGGCGUUGUGCUGCAUCGUAUGCAGUGUGUCCGGGGUUUUGGAGAAUGGAUAGAUUCCAUCAUAGAAUUUUCCCAGAACCUCCACCGCAUGAACAUUGAUGUGCCCUCCUUCUCCUGUCUUGCAGCACUUGUCAUAAUUACAGAUCGCCAUGGACUAAAGGAGCCAAAGAAGGUUGAAGACCUCCAGAACCGCAUUGUCAGUUGCCUUAAGGACCACGUGACUUCCAUCACCAGUGAGCAGGUACAGCCCAACUGCCUCUCAAAGUUAUUGGGCAAACUUCCUGAGCUCCGCACCCUUUGCACUCAAGGCCUACAGCGCAUCUUCUACUUGAAGCUAGAAGACCUGGUGCCCCCUCCUCCAAUUGUGGAUAAAAUAUUCAUGGACACGCUGCCGUUCUGAGGACAAGGUGAAAGGAAGCCACCACCACCAUGAACCAAAUGGUGCUUUCUUUGGGGGAGAGUGGCUUUGUUUGGGUUUCUCCUCAUCCUGCCUCCUGCUACUACCACCGCCGUCACCGUUUAUCUUCCUCGGAGGGAGAGAAAAAACUAGCAGAAAGAAUGUUCUGCCACCUUCCAUCCAGAGGGAAGUUUGCAGGAACAUUUCCAGAGACAUUUCCAGAAGAGUGUUUUAAAAUGUUAGUCCAAUGGUUGGAGACUGAGAACCAUAAGCACUGUACGCGCCCUUUCCCCCUCAUUCCCUUGACGUUUAGAGGUUACCGGGACAUUAAGAAUUGCCAUGUAAUUCUCUCUGAACUUGGGACAACUUGGAGUUUGUAUUUUUUUUUUUUUUUUUACUUGUGGGGAAAGCCCUGUGUGCCUUCUCGGGUUACGUGCACAAUCCCUAAACAAUGCUGCCUUGUUCCAGGACCUGCCAACAGCUCUGCGUGCAAUCCAGCACCCCUCUUCCAUAGUGUUGCAUGGAGCCACUGUCUGUGUCACGAAUGGAACAUUUACAUUGAUUUGACAGCUGAAGGCCAGUUAGAAUUUUUUUUUUUAAAAAAAAAGGUUGCCUUCUCUUAUUCGACCUUGUCAUCAGCCCUGGAUUACAUGCCCAGGUUUGGCAAGUGAAGUUUUCCAACCCCUCGGCCUAGAAACUGCUUGCAUCCUGUCCUUGGUGCAACUGGGGGUGGGGGGUAGAGUUCAGGGAGAGUUUUGCCGUAAAUAAGCAUAUAUCCCUCCCGCCUUCCGCUUAGACAGUGGCCGUUUUGCUCUGUUGAGUAAUUUCUUUGUAAAAGAUGUAUAUAAGAAGAACGAUGGGUUGGCUUGUAAAUACAGAGGAAAGGAAGGCUCUUUGUCUUGAGCCACCAAUAGUUGUGUAUCGCUCUACACCUGCAGGACACCUUCUGUCUUUCUAUGUAAAUAACUUUGUAUUGUAAAGUCCUCCAUUUUUGACAUUUAUAUUUGUCUAUCCCUGCUUUCCAAUUUCCAGUAUGUGACUUUUCCAAUUAUUAAUAUAUAUAAAUAUAUAUAUAUUUAAUAUAUUGAAUAAAAAAGAUUAUCCAGGUUAGAUGUAACUCUUAAUCCCACUUGUUUAUGUGCCUGAUCAUUUAUAUGCCCAGAGUAGCCCAAGUUAUGUGAAACUAGAUAAUUAUGUGUUGGGGAAAGCAUGGUUCUCAUUCCCUAUGCUUCAACUCCAGCAUAGAAGUGAAGAGCCAGAAUAGAAAGGAAAGAAAAAAAACAACCCUAAGGUCAGAGACUAACACUGUUUCCUAUGGUAUUUUAUACUUUUAUAGAAAGCAGUGAUAGGGUUUUUUCUCAACCCUGUUUGGUGCUUGGGUGAUCAAUUUGGGGCCUUUUGCAUAGAAGGUUGUCUGAGCCAAAUCCAAAACCUCUAGGGAAUUCCUGGAAGUUUGGCAUUCGGACAAAUUUGCCAUCAGCAAACACAUAGAAAUAAAUCUUAUGCCAUUCAAUAGAAAUAAACCUUAUUUAUAUGCCAUUCAAAAGAGACAACACAAAGCUAAGAAGAAAAUAAAAAAGAACAGAACACAUUCUCUCCAGAAGCUUGUACCCAGAUAAGCAGGGAUUAACACCAGACAAACAAACAGAAAACAAUACCCUAAUCAAGGAACUACCAAGGAGAAAAACCAUACUUCCAUCAAUACUGACAGAGCAAACUACUGCAUAUAAAUAGAGAGCAAACCCCAUACGUACUAGCAUUGAUAACGUUACCAAGAAGCUUCAUCAUUUGCAAGCAAAUAACUAAAUUCAGAGAGUACCAAGGACUUCAGCAGGCUGUCUGUGCAACUCCAAACCAUUUGUGAUGUGACUUUCACACUAAUGUUCUGCUUUCUUCAGUGCUUUCAGUUGCUGUAGGUUUCACAGAUUUGCUGUAAGCCACAGUUUGUAAUCAUGUUUUUGAAUAAGCCAAACUGAUAUAGCUACAUACAAUAAAUUUUAAGAUUUUAAUAUACAAUGGCUGAGUUUGGCUUAUUCUAGCUUUGCAUAUUCUCAUUCUGGCUUUGCAUAGCAUAUAAAUCCAGCUCUUAUUCACAUCCAUUUAAUGCACAUUCACUCAUUUGCAUAUAUUAGCAAGUAUACAGCUUGUCUUAAGAUACUGGAUCUUUUCAUGAUUUGCUUCUAUAGGACAACUUCUAGAAAUAUUUAUAAAAAUAUUGUAACACUUUGCUAUUUUAAGGUUUUCAUGUCUUUUUUGAAGUCAUGGACAGCCACCUUUAGCUGAUUUCAAACAACUAUUUCAAGUUAAAAAAGAAUCCUCAUGCUGCCUUAAUAUCUUUGAAGAUAAGAAAAGCUGGAGAAUGGGCAAACAUUACUUGGAAUGAACCAGUGGUGAGAUUCAAAUAAUUUAACAACCGGUUCUCUGCCCUAAUGACCAGCUGGGUAGGCGUGGCUCAGUGGUCAUGUGACCGUGUGGGCAUGGCCAACUCACCAUCGCUCACGUCGAUGGGUGUUUUGUCUUAGCUGUUACAAUGUAAUAAGGGUUAACCAGAGAGGCAGUUUUUGUAAGUGGGGCAAUAAAGAUUAGGCUAGAAAUAACACCACAAUGUUUCCUUCCUGCCUUACAGGAUUAGCCCUGUAAAGUAGAAAAAAACAAAAGGAGAUUUCUUCCAACAACUGGUUCUCUGAACUGCUAAGAAAGUUAACAACCGGUUCUCCCAAAUAUGUGCAAACUGGCUGAAUCCCACCACUGGAAUGAACCAAAUAAUAGAUUUUUUUACCACUGGAAACUCUGGGUUGCAUAAAUUACCUCCACAAAGCAUAGUUAAGCAGAUCCAAGUUCAAAUCUGGAAAUCCAAACACUUAGGUUGGGAGGGAAGUCAAACGCCAUCAACCUAUACCAAGUUGAGUUGAUCGGCUUACCUUUUUAGGACUUGAUUAGCUGAGGUUACUUCUCUCUUCUGAACCUUGGCAUGAAAAAGGGUGGCUAAAGCAGCCCCCCAAAAAUAGGUGGCUCAAUGCUCAAAAAAUAUUUUUUUACAGACCAAGACUUCUCCUACCUGUCCAUUGAGCCUCCAACCCUAGCCAUUGUAGAUUAUUUUAUUAUUAUUAAAAAGAGAAAAAAGAAAGAAAAAGAGAGCCAGACCCCAUCAGUCUAUUCCAAAUGUAACUAGAGUAACUGUUUGUUACCUUGGUGAUCUGUUUUUGAGUUUUGUCUUCUCCUUUUUGGGAGGCAGGGAACAUUCUGUGUGAAUAUUAUUUAAUUGUAUUUUCCCUGUGUUUCAUACAAAUUUAAUAAAUUAUUGCGGUUGGUCAUACAGUCAGCCAGAUGUUUAGACUGGACUUGACAUUUUCAUUCACCUAUCAAGAUCUCCCCAAGGACCUGAGAUAGGCAAAUGUUGUUGUUUGAUGGUGUUAAAGGUAUUGUCGCAGGAUGUAAGCUGUUCCAAGUAAAGCUGCCUUUUGCAAUUGA